UGGGUUCCAUGAAAAUUCCUCCAAAGAAACCUCAUUUUUUCAAACCUAUUUUGCCAGGAUUCAAGGAUGGACUUAAUAUUCCUAUAGGUUUCUUGAAGUAUUUGAGGGGACAGGAACAUAUUAAACAUGCAUUACUGAAAAGUGCUGGUAAAAAGUGGCUGGUGAAAGUGGAUGGCCGGUGCUUCAAAGAAGGCUGGAAAAAGUUUGUCGAGGAUCAUGAUUUGCAGUUAGGAAAUUUGUUGAUUUUCAGACAUGAAGGAGAUAUGGAGUUUGAAGUUUCCAUAUUUGAUUCAACUCACUGUGACAGAGAAUAUGUAGAGUAUUUGGAAGUAGAAAAAGAAGAAGAAGACGACGAUGAUGAUGACGACGAAGAAGAAAAAGAAAAAGAAGUAGAAGUAGAAGAAGUAGUUCAUACUGUUGAAGAGACUUCCAUGGAUUUUGAAUUCAAAGAAAAAUCGAGCCCCAGCAUUGAGUUGUCAGAUGAAGUUUCUUCCCAUUCUGAAGCUUCUACCCACAAGCCUUUUGGUCAUUCUCGUUUUACAUGCAAUAUUACCCCAUGUUGCUUUACAUAUGGUUACUUGCGCAUUACUAAGGAUGUUGCAUUUGCAAACAACCAUAUCACGAACAAGAAGUAUGAUUUGCUUCUAAGAGAUGAAGAGCAAAGGUCGUGGAAUGUAAAGCUACAUUCUUGUCAAACUCAAACUUAUAUUGGAGGUGGAUGGCGUGAAUUCAGUGCUGAUUAUUGCUUUAAGGAGGGAGAUCGUAUUAUGUUCGAGAUUGUUACUGAUGGAGAGACACCUAUAUGGAAAUUUCAUGUUGUUACUGAUGCAAUAAUUCCAAUGAGGAACUUUCAGGAAAAUGCUACGAAAAAGCCAAAGCCUUAUGUCAUGUCAUCAAACAAGGAUUUACCUGAUGUAGAAGCAGCUAAGGACAUGCCUCGGUCUCGCCCUCAUUUCACUUAUACCAUCACGCGCAGUUGCAUUUCAAAGUAUUUGCUGCGUGUUCCAACACUAUUUGCACGGGAAAAUGGCCUCGACAGGAACUGUACGGUAACGAUAAGAGAUGAGCAGCAAAGGUUAUGGAUGUUUAAGCUGUAUAUUAAUGCAUGCAACGUUUCAAUUGGAGGCAUAUGGCAUGAAUUUUGCGCUGCUAAUUUCUUAAAGGAAGGAGAUCGCGUAAUGUUUGAGAUGUUUUCCAAGGGAGAGGGACUUGUAUUGAAAUUUCACGAUUUGAGAGCAAAUGCAUCACUUCAGCGCGAACAAAAGAAGCCUAAUUUGGAUGUUAAAAGAGUUUCCACUCAAGGCCUCGGGAUUGAGACCUCGGAUAUGCCUGCUCCAAAAGCACAAGUACCUGCUCCAACAUCUGCUAACACUUACCCUCAUUUUAUUGCUACUAUCAAGUCUUAUACCAUCAGCGGGUCCUAUUUGUGUCUUCCAAUGGCUUUUAUAAAAUCAACUGGCUUGAUGGAUCGACGUAAGAUGAUUCUCACAGAUGAGAAACAGAGAUCAUGGCCAGUUCAGCUAAGUCAAAGGGUGGAUCGCUUUGUAAUUACCAAGGGAUUUCAAAAGUUCAUGAAAGCAAAUGGUGUCCAAGUUGGAGAUACUUACAAGUUUGAGCUCAUCGACAACAGAACAAUACGUGUAGAGAGUAAAUAUGCUGUGAAGGUUGAAAAGCAUGAGAGAAACCACAAAGAGCACUGA